GUGAAUUAUGGGUGGAGACAGAGCACAUGAUAUAAAAGCAGUGUUGCUACUGUAGGAUGACAGAAAACAGUCACCUGAUUAAACCAUUCACCUGGACGUCUGAUCCACACUCUGAAAAAUGGCAAAUGCGAAUCCAGAGCAACCUAAAGAGUUUAACAUCCAACAGAGAUGGAAUCCACGUAAAAUAAAGGAGAACUUCAUCACAAGGCAGCAUGUGAGUUUACCAAGACUGAGAGAGCAGAUGAAGAUGGAGAAAUCUGAGAAUCCAAUGAUGAAGUACAUAAUAAAGGAGAUCCCACCCUACCCAAGUCCAGUUGAAUUUUGGGUUUCAGAUGUAACCCAUGUUACUGAGGAGACAGGAUUCAGGGGGAUACUGAAGUCAGAGAAGUUCAAUUCUGGAGCAUAUGAUUUCUCAUGGUGGGGCUUAAAAAUUAGUAAAGAGGAGAUACGAGAAGCUGAGAACCGCUACAUGGAGACAAACCAAGCACAAGAGCUGAAUGAACGGGAGCCCUUUCUGGAGAAGUUCACCACAUCACCUCUCUUCAACCUAGAAAAAUCUCCCUACGGCAAUUAUCGCUUCACGUUUCCCCUCACUGAUCUGAUGCAGUGGUACAAAGAACAGAACUGUAGAGGAGAAGACCCGGUUCUCAGGGUGUACGGAACCAUCACCUACAAACAGAAGAUCAUGUACACCGUGCUGAUUCACAGUCCUGAGAAUAACCAGCGUUUUGGAGAAUAUCCGCUUCUUCAGGCGAGUGAGUGGGUCCGUUAUCAGGAUGGGAAGAUCAUCUGGAAAGCACAAGCCAUUUGUGAAACCCACCAGUAUCAGCUAUCUGCUUCAGGAGAAGUACAAAGUCUGUAUCCUCAUGAGUUUUAUGUCUGGGAUCAGGUCAGUUUAAUCUUUUACUUACCAAAAUCGAAGGCCUUGAAAAUCCCCAGAGAACGCCUUAUAGAAGCUCUUGAGGCCUGUGAAAUUAGCGACAAAGAUCUGUCAGGGCACCAAGGUCCUAAAACCAAGCAGAAACGCUAUAUGGAAGCAAAGGAGGAAGUCAGUAAAUUGAAAACAGAGCUGAAAGAGGAGAUGGAAGAAGAAAAGGAUGAAGAGCCAAUGGAUGAAGAUGAAGCAAAAUUGUGAAAUGUAUUCAUGGGUGAUAUUUUGUAGAACUGAUCACCCUACAAUAUUAAAUGAUUAUAUAUAACUUCUAUAAAUUGUGACACUAUUACACUGGUUUAAUGUUUUCCAAUCGUUUUAAUUCUUUAAAAAAAAUCUCUUUAAAUAAAGUAUUUCAUGAUUUUUCAUUUCUCUGGUAAUCUUUGAAUGUUAAGAAUGUUAACUUCUUGUUUUAAGGAUGGUGUAAUGAUCUAUGUUAAUCAAAACA